AUGGCGUCUCCGCUGCAGUUUGCCUACCGAACCCAGAAGACCAUCGGCGUCUUUGACGCUGCGCCCGUCUACGAGCCUCUCGCUGGGUUCACCAAGCCCGAGGGCAACCUCCGGUGCUGUGCCUACUCUGCCUGUGGCCGCUUCUUCGGCUGGGCGUCCCCCGAUGCCGUCACCGUCGUCGACGCCUCCACUGGCUCGCAGGUCCUCUCCCUCCCCAUCCAGAACGUCUACGAGCUCGGUUUCUCUCCUCGUGGCACCUUUGUCAUCACUUGGGAGCGCCCCGCCAAGGACGAGAACGGUGAUGCGACCAAGAACCUCAAGGUCUGGCGUGUCGUAGAGGAAGGUGUCGCCGCCGCCGACAAGCAGCCCCUUGGCCGCUUCGUCCAGAAGCAACAAGGAGGCUGGAAUCUCCAGUAUACGGCUGAUGAGAAGUACUGCGCUCGCCUCGUCACCAACGAGGUGCAGUUCUACGAGAGUCACGACCUGAUCAAGGUCUGGAACAAGCUCCGAGUUGAGGGGGCCGCUAACUUCGCCCUCGCUCCCGGUAGCCAGAACCAUGCCGUCGCAGUCUUUGUUCCCGAGCGCAAGGGUCAACCCGCUGCCGUCAAAGUCUUCAACGUCCCUCUGUUCACCAACCCCAUUUCUCAGAAGACUUUCUUCAAGGGUGACAAGGUCCAGCUGAAGUGGAACAAGCACGGCUCCAGCCUCCUGGUGCUGGCACAGACCGACGUCGACCGCUCCGGCAAGAGCUACUACGGCGAGACCACGCUGUAUCUGCUCAGCACAACCGGCGCUUUCGACGCUCGCGUGUCCUUGGACAAGGAUGGUCCUAUCCAUGAUGUAUCGUGGUCGCCAAACUCGAAAGAGUUCGGUGUUGUGUAUGGCUACAUGCCGGCCAAGGCCACCAUCUUUAACCACCGGGCCGUUGCGACGCACUCCUUCCCUAUCAGCCCCCGAAACACCAUUACUUUCUCGCCGACCGGUCGAUUUGUUCUGGUUGCAGGUUUCGGUAAUCUUGCUGGUCAGAUUGAUGUGUACGAUCUCGAGAAGGACUUCCGCAAGAUCACCACCAUUGAGAGCGGAAACCCCAGCGUGUGCGAAUGGAGUCCCGACAGCCGUUACAUCAUGACGGCCACCACCUCGCCGCGACUGCGCGUGGACAACGGUGUCAAGCUGUGGCACGUCAGCGGUGGCAUCAUGUACCACGAGGACAUGGUCGAGCUGUACAAUGUUGUCUGGAGGCCCCAGGCCCCCGAGAACAUUGCUCCGGGUGAUCCCCUCACCCCCAUCCCCACUCCUCACGCCUCUGCCACGGCGUACCUGGGCACGGUCAAGACCCCCAGUAAGCCCGCUGGUGCUUACCGUCCCCCCGGUGCCCGUGGCUUGGCUACGCCUCUUCACUUCAAGCGUGAGGAUGAGGGCGGUGCUGCCCACGUCGUGAGCAACGGCUUGCCCAACAUUGGCCCCAACGGCUUUGGCCGCCCGCGCCGUGCUGUGCCUGGGGCCGACUUUGCUGAGCCAGCCCCUACAGUCGUGAGGACUGUUCCGGGUGCUGAGCCCGUGGGCGAUGAGAACUCGUCCAAGUCAAAGAACAAGAAGAAGCGUAACAAGAAGAACAACCAGGGAGAGGGCCGACCCCAGGGCGAACCUAACGGCGGAGCCAGCUUGGCUCCCCCUCCCCGUGAUCGCGGUGCUGGUUCGGGCAGCGAGGGUCGCAGCCCCGAGCGCCGCGGCCACAGCAACCACCGAAGCCAGUCCCGAAACAACCAGGGCCGCAGCCGCAGCAACACUCACCGCGGAAACGGAAACGGAAACGGUCAUGGCAAUGGACACCAGGGGCCUCAGCAGCAGGCCCCCAACAACGGUGCCCCCGCCGCCGAUGCCGCCCAGAACCCCAAUGCCAAGAAGAUUCGCAGUCUUCAGAAGAAGGUCCGAGCCAUUGAGGACCUCGAGAUGCGCCUGGCUGGUGGAGAGAAGCUGGAGGAUACUCAGCUUAAGAAGAUCAACACCAAGUCCUCAGUUCUUAAGGAGCUGGAGCAGUUGGAGAAGGAUAACUAA